GAGCAGAAAAAGACAAGGAUACAUAUAUAGAGAGCAGGUAUUCAGUAGGGAAUAGGCUCAUUUUUACAGUAAGCUCUGGGGGCAGAGUUUCUUUUCACACAGUAGUCACACUGUCGUCCCUGCUGACAGCGUGAGAGUUUUAAACUGCAAAGCCAGCUGCCACCAGCCAAAGUUCGCCCGCACACGUGUUGCCAUGCCCCGGAGGUCCGCUGCCGGUGCUGACGCCCCCCUAAACGGGGUAGACCCCGCUAAAAGUGAUUCCAAAGGGAUCACCACCUGUGGGGACUCCUCUGGCCCGGCUCCCCAGGAAAAGAUAGAGCUGAGGAAGAAAGUCACCCUGCUCCGCGGGAUCUCCAUCAUCAUCGGGACCAUCAUUGGAGCUGGGAUUUUCAUCUCCCCCAAGGGAAUCCUCCAGAACUCGGGCAGUGUGGGAAUGUCCCUUGUCAUUUGGUGCGCGUGUGGAGUCUUGUCACUGUUUGGAGCCUUGUCUUAUGCAGAGCUUGGGACAUGUAUUAAGAAAUCGGGUGGCCAUUACACCUAUAUACUUGAAGCCUUUGGUCCACAAGUGGCUUUUGUAAGGCUCUGGGCAGACUUGAUUGCAAUAAGACCUGCUGGAUUAGCAGUGAUAUCCUUGGCCUUUGGGCGGUACAUUCUGGAGCCCAUAUUCAUGCCUUGCGGAGUUCCUGAGCUCGCAGUGAAACUUGCAACAUCAAUUGGAAUAACUGCAGUAAUGUACCUGAACAGCAUGAGUGUCAGCUGGACGGCGCGGAUCCAGAUCAUCCUCACUUUCAGCAAGCUCACAGCCAUAGCACUCAUCAUCGUGCCGGGCAUGAUCCAGCUCUUUAGAGGUGAAACCCAGAACUUUGAAAACGCCUUCAGAGUUGACAGCGUUCAACUGACGGGACUCCCUCUGGCAUUCUACUCUGGGAUGUAUGCCUACGCUGGGUGGUUUUACUUGAAUUUUGUCACUGAAGAAGUGGAGAAUCCAGAAAGGACUAUUCCUCUGGCCAUAUGCAUCUCCAUGGCGAUUGUCACCCUUUGCUACGUGCUGACAAAUGUUGCCUACUACACUGUGAUGUCCGCUGAGGAGCUGCUCUCAUCUGGUGCCGUUGCGGUGACAUUUGCAGAGAAAAUGUUUGGAAAUUUCUCGGUGGCAGUUCCGUUGUUUGUGGCCUUGUCCUGUUUUGGGUCCAUGAAUGGCUGCUUAUUCGCUUUUUCCAGGAUGUUUUACGUGGCCUCACGGGAAGGUCACCUCCCCGAGAUCCUGUCCAUGAUCCACGUCCGCCGCCACACGCCGCUGCCCGCCGUCAUCGUCCUGUACCCACUGACGAUACUAAUACUGUUCUCAGGGGACAUCUACAGCCUGCUGAACUUCAUGAGCUUCAUGCGCUGGCUCUUCAUCGGAGUCGCCGUCGUUGGGCUUAUAUACCUCCGAUACACGCGCCCAGAAAUGCACCGUCCCUUUAAGGUUCCUCUGUUCAUCCCGGCUGUGUUCUCCUUCACCUGCUUCUUCAUGGUUUUCCUCUCUCUGUACUCAGACCCAUUCAACACGGGCAUCGGCUUUGCCAUUGCACUAACUGGCAUCCCUGCCUACUACAUCUUCAUUGUGUUCAACAAGAGGCCCAGAUGGUUUCACAAGCUCUCAGAUUCAAUAAACAGGUCCUUGCAAAUCAUCAUGGAGGUCGUCCCAGCUGAAUAUUGAUGGCCGAAGCAAUCUGCGACAGGGGCGAGCAGGCUUCAAUGCACUAAUAGAUUGUUCUAGCAAAGUCCUACUCUGUAGGAAGGUCA